GGCGCCCCCCGCGGGCGCGGCGUUUCCAGCCGGAGCGGUUGCGCGGCGCGCGGGGUCGGGCCGCCAUGUCGCGGUUGCACCGGAGCAGGAUCGCGGAUUUCCAGGAGGUGCUCGGCGAACCUACGGUGGCUCUGGACAAGCUUCGCGAUCUCUGCUUCAGCGGAAUCCCGUUUGACGGAGGGCUGCGCUGCCUCUGCUGGAAGAUCCUGCUGAACUACCUCCCCUUAGAGAGGGCCCUAUGGAGCUCUUUGCUGAAGAAGCAGAGGGAUCUGUAUUCCCAGUUCCUAAAAGAGAUGAUUAUUCAGCCUGGGAUCGCCAAAGCCAACCUCGGCGUCUCAAGGGAAGAUGUCACCUUAGAGGAUCACCCCCUCAAUCCAAACCCAGACAGCCGGUGGAAUACUUACUUCAAAGACAACGAGGUGCUCCUCCAGAUAGACAAAGACGUCAGGAGGCUGUACCCCGACAUGGCAUUCUUCCAGCGCCCGACCGACUACCCCUGCCUUCUAAUCCUGGACCCCCAAAAUGAGUUUGAGACGCUGCGUAAGCGGGUGGAGCAGACCACGCUGAAGUCCCAGACGGUGGCACGGAACCGCAGCGGGGUUACAAAUGUGAGCUCCCCUCUUAAAUCAUCUCCUUCCUCUCUGAGUGAGUACGAAGUUCUGCCCAAUGGCUGCGAAGCUCACUGGGAAGUGGUGGAGCGAAUCCUUUUCAUCUAUGCCAAGCUGAACCCCGGGAUAGCCUACGUUCAGGGGAUGAAUGAAAUAGUGGGGCCCCUUUACUACACCUUUGCUACAGAUCCUAACAGCGAGUGGAAAGAACACGCUGAAGCUGACACUUUUUUCUGCUUUACCAACCUAAUGGCUGAAAUUCGGGACAACUUCAUUAAGAGCUUGGACGAUUCUCAGUGUGGUAUAACCUACAAAAUGGAGAAGGUCUAUUCCACCCUGAAGGAAAAGGAUGUGGAGCUGUAUUUGAAGCUGCAAGAGCAGAACAUCAAACCCCAGUUCUUCGCCUUCCGCUGGCUGACACUGCUCUUGUCCCAAGAGUUCCUGCUGCCAGAUGUCAUCCGGAUCUGGGACUCCCUCUUUGCUGACGAUAAACGCUUCGAUUUCCUGCUGUUGGUGUGUUGUGCCAUGCUGACACUAAUCCGGGAUCAGUUGCUGGAAGGAGACUUCACUCUCAACAUGAGGCUGCUACAGGAUUAUCCCAUAUCUGAUGUUCACCUGAUUUUGAAGAAAGCCAAGGAACUUCAGGAUUCCAAAUAGUCCAUGAGCCCGACUAAAGGUGUUGGAGAAACUGUAUGGCAGAGGAUCUUAGGAGAUGGCCCCGUGCAGUGCAUUAAAACUCCUAGGGAUCUCUGCAGGACUUCAGGUUUUGCAUUUGGGCUACCGGCCACCUUGAAGACUUCCUUCUGCUCUAUUUAUUAGGUCAAGGACUGAUUACUUCCCUAUCUGCUUGGGUCCUGCACUCCAGAUUUUUCAACUCUCAAAUGCCUCUGUGCUGCCAAAAGCAGUUCUUUGUAUCUUUUUUAAUGACUUGAUGUGGGGAAAGAAACCAUCUAUCUGCAUAUCCCUCAAGGGCAGGAUUCCUUCUGCAUCAUGAAAGUAGCUCACGUGGAGUUACUUCUGAUGGGGAAGGGACAGUCUGGAUCCAGUAGAUUUUGGUGGGUGAGUAUAGAAGGAUCUUUCUCCUGUGAACAGAAUGUAUCCCAAGGAAGUCACACGUUCUGCCAUUCAAGUAGCUUCUGGAUUCUUCUCCCUCGUAUCUGCACUUGGCUGUCCCUGGGGCGUGCAAAAGAAGAAGGCUGUGUCAGCUUCUGGUGCAUGUCAUCUGGCUUCCAGCAGUUUGGACCCCUUCUCAUGAGAAAGACCUUGAGGAACCGUGAUGGGAAGACGUGAUAACAGCUGGCAGCUUUGUGCACUGAAACUGCCUGCAUCGCCUUACCAUAGAGGUCUCCUUGAAAGAAGACUGUUGUGGUUUUCAUCUAUGAGUGUAGUUGGAAGUCAAGCCUUAUUACGCUAAGCCUUAGAGCAGGAGUUCAUUGCUGCAGGGAGGCUGGGGCCUCAGGCUGCUUUCCUGGCUGGAACUGGAGCAUAUCUAGCUGCAAUCAGGAUUCUGAAACACAAGAAAUGGGCAUCUAGUUGCAUGAAGACAGCUCUACUUAAGGACUUACGUAGGCAUAGCGCUGGGGUUUUCUGCCUCAGUGGCUUGCAUAGGAUAUUACCCUGCAUGAGCUCUGGUCAUGAUAACCUUGAUAUUGUCUAAUAGCACUUCUUGCCAGGAACAGACACAUUACAGGUCUGACCUACAAGAAGGAGUUCUUUCAUGCUGUAAUCCAGUGGGCAUACAAGCAGUUCAGUCAUUAGUUGACUCCUGGGGGUAAUCCAGGUUUGUGUGCACCAGUACUACUGGGGUGACAGCUGUGAGCUGGACACUUGUCCCUCCUGAGGGGGAAACAGCUGCAUUUCAGUACAGUGCUACAGGCUCAGGUGGGCAUUGAGCAAGACAGACUGUGGAAAGAACUGUUAACCUGCCAGUUGUGUCAAGCUGAUCAGAAACCAAAAGCCUCAAAGAGAGAAACUGCCAGCACCCAAUUGCUUGGGUUGUGCAGAAGCUCUUGAGUGAACACUAAUCCACAGUGCUUUAUCCUCCUGUGCUGUGCUGGCUCGUUUCUGUGUAGCUGUUCAACACUGCAAUUUUCAGUAUUUAUGGGUAUUGAUUUGUUGAAGGUCAGUCAUCUGCUUAAGCUGCUGAUGGCCUCAGUGUCCCUAAGGAGAGGGGUGUUGUGUUGUCAGCCUUCAGCUGUCCUACCCGUUACUUCCUUCAGGGAAGGCCUCCUCUUUGCAGGCUGCUGUCAUUUUGUAAGGCUGGGCAGGGGGAUGGGUUGGUGCACGUGCCUCUCUUCUUGUUAGCAAUCCCAAGCAAAGUCUGCCUCUAUGGAAGAUGCUGGAGUGGUGCUGGUGCAGCUGGUGUCACUGCAGUGAUGGAACAUGAGCAAGUGAAGGCUUAGAACAAUCUAAUUAGUACCUAUGGCUAACAGCGUCUCCCUUGCUGCAGUCCUUCCCAUAGGGUAGAGUUUUCCUCCAAGAAAAAAUGGCAGGGAUGGAUGAGGAAAGCCGUGUGAUGCAGCGUGCUGUCUGCUCUGGCUGCUGUGUGGGUGUUCUUCUGCCUUCUGCCACUGAGCAGUUCUGGCUGUCGGGUGCCUUGCACUGGAGGCCCUGUCAGACCUGUAUGGCCAAACUGCCAGCUGGCAGCCACGCGUGUGGAGCUGGAGGGUCUGACCCUUAGCAGGGGUUAUUUCCUUCGAAACACUUUUCCCCCCAGAGUAAUGCUGUAGCUCUCACACGUUCCGUGCACAGUCUCCUCAUGCUGUGUCCCUGUAGAAGUGCUUCCUUUGUGUUUUCUCUCUGCUAGGUGGACAUCAGUGAGGGUUCCCACUCUGAAUAACCACAGUUCUCCUUCUAAUGACCUGAGAAGGCAGCGGGUGAACAGGGAUCAAAACAUCACUUGUUUUCAGGGUUGUGUGCAGGCCCUGCGCUUGGCCGCAGCGGGAGGACCCCGGCACAUGGGUGCUCCUGCAGCACUGCAGCAACAGCCACCUCCUCCUUUCCACGUGUUGCAGGGCUUAUGUUGUGCUGUUCUCUUUGGGGGGGGGUGAUGGGGAGCACUUUUAAGAGGAUUUUGCAGUGGGAUGAAAGCUUUGGCUGCCGGGAGGGUUUUGUGGGGUACAUUCUGCAGCUUUAUCCAGGUGGGCCUGUGGCUGCUCGCCCUGGCAGGGUGGAUCCUACAUGGAGAGCUGUUGUCUGUCCUUGGCCCCUCCUGUGUGGUAGGGCUUCGUUCUGCUGCUGCAGAGGGCUUUGAAGGAGCUGCUCUACUCGGCAGUGAUGUUCGUUACUCUGAGACUUGUUUGUUUCUUUAAGAGCAAAGAUGGAUUUUGUGGAGGGGAGAAGUCCAGUCACCAGCUGCUGAGUCUCCUCGUUAGUUUCCAUGCCUUCGUCCCUCAAAAGCUGUUGGUGACGAUGAUUUUACUUUUCUUUGAGCUCAGGAAGCAUUGACUGGCUUGUGGUUGUUGCCAAGCAGCUCCUGCUUUUCCACCCUGCAGGCAUUUCCAACUCUUGAUUUUCCCCUGGGGAGUGGAGGGCUGCUGCCUUCCCCUUACUGUACUGUAGCGCGGAUGUCUGGAAGUUUGGCUUUGGUGAGGAGGUAAAAGGGAAAGGAUAGCGGAGAUGGAGUCUGUGAUGAUGGUCACACAGAGCCCUGAUGCUGAGUUGGAGCUGUGUGACCUAACAGCCGCUCACCCUGUGGCAGUGGGUGGGACGAAGGCCAGAAGUUGGUUGGGGGAUUCCUGUGGGAGAGCAGAGGGUGUUUUCCUCCUGUGUCAGUGAGUGGCUUAUCAGAAUAACACUUCGUUUUGCUUUUGUUUUUACCUUGGCUGGAAAGGACGGCCAGAACAGGGUCAAGAGGGAACACUUCGUCACACUAAAACGACUUUUAUGCUUCUUUUUAAACACUAUUUUUUAUAACGCUCCCUUUAGCUCAGCGGGCGGCUGCAUGCGGGCAUCCCUCAGUGCCGGGCCGUGCUCGGGGUGAAGCUCGGCCUUCCUCGGGCAGGGCGGGGGCACAGGGCUGUCGGUGUGGUGGGUUUGGGGCCCGAGCUGGGCCUGCUCCAUCGCCCCAUGGCUGCAGCAGUGAGCGCGGGGCCUGCAGCACCGCCUCGUUAACUUCUGCUCUUUCCUUUUGUACUUUAUCCCGCGAGACCUCCGUGUCUCUCAUUUAAUGCUGUUCUUGAGUUGUCCAAAUAAAAUGGUUUCUUUGCACACUG